AUGCACGGCAAGGACAAGAAAGAGCGGGAACGCGACUCGCGCAAGGCGGGCGGCCGUCGGGGGCCCGCUGCCUUCAAGGAGGCCAUCUCGAGGCGCCUCUCCCGAGGGUCCGUCCACGAUGCGUCAGACUACUGCCUCACCGCUAAGCUGAUAGACGAGCUGAAUGUUGGCGUGGCUUUGUUCCGGGACGUGUUGCUGAGCGUGAGCAGCGCCCAGGACGGGCCCGAGCUUCGCCAGCGGAUACGCACACUGCGCCAGCGCUGCGUCCAGGCCUGCGUCGACGCGGCACACCUGCUGCUGCCGCACAUUCGCAGUGCCGUGUCGGACGGCAUCCCGGUGGACUCGCAGCAGCUGGUGAACCUGGUGUGCUGCACACAGAUGCUCCUGCGAGAGCUGACCAAGUGCCGGGCGCUGCUCGUCGCCCACAAGAUGGACAUGCGAGACUUCUCCGAGCCCGUGGGACCACCGGGAGGUGUAGCGGUGCUCGACAAACUGGUUCUAUGGAGGCCACCACCCAAAGACUACCACCUCGAAGAACUGCGUUCCAUCGACAGGGACGCGGAGACCGUCCGCUCAGUGCUGGCCGAGAUGCAAGAGUUCAUGCCCCACGAAAGUAACUGCAAGAACCUCAUCGAGGAAGGGCUGUUCAAGUGGCGCCGGAAGGGAGGCCUCUACGGGCAGCUGGGACACCACCUCUGCUGCUUGUGCCGCUCGCACAUCAGCUAG